UCUCCACAUCCCCCCUCCAGCCCCUGGGAGAACAAGCUGGGUGGAGGGUGGCCCGUGCCAAGAGAUGGGGGGCAGUGGCAGCCACGGAAGAGGCUCCAGGAGGUGACUGCCUGGUUUCCAUUAGGGAGACCUGGUCGGCAUUUCAAGCAAGACAGCAGAGCUGGGGCUGGCUAUGCGGCUGAGCCUACUGCUGCUGCUCCUGCUGCUUUCCGGCCCCCCGCCCACGCCCGGCAUGGAGGACGCUGCCUUCCCCCACAUGGGGGAGAGCUCACAGCCCCCGCCCCGGGCCUGCCCCCCACGCUGCUCCUGCCCCCGGGCGGACACAGUGGACUGCAAUGGCCUGGACCUGCAGGUCUUCCCAGACAACAUCACCAGGGCAGCUCAGCACCUCUCCCUGCAGAACAACCAACUCCAGGAGCUCCCCUACAACGAGCUGUCGCGUCUCAGCAGCCUGCGGACCCUCAACCUCCACAACAAUCUCAUCUCCUCUGAGGGGCUGCCCGAUGAGGCCUUUGAGUCGCUCACACAGCUGCAGCACAUUUACGUGGCCCACAACAAGCUCUCCGUGGCCCCCCAGUUUCUGCCCCGCUCCCUCCGAGUUGCGGACCUGGCUGCCAACCAAGUGACAGAGAUCUUCCCGCUUACCUUUGGGGAGAAGCCUGAGCUCAGGUCCGUGUACCUCCACAACAACCAGCUGAGCAACGCCGGCCUGCCCCCUGACGCCUUCCAUGGCUCUGAAGCUGUGGUCACCCUCAGCCUCUCCAGCAACCGGCUCAGCUACUUGCCGCCAAGUCUGCCGCCCUCGCUGGAGCGGCUCCACCUGCAGAACAACUUCAUCUCCAAGGUGCCCCGAGGAGCCUUGAGCCGCCAGACCCACCUCCGCGAACUCUACCUCCAGCACAACCAGCUGACGGACAGCGGCCUGGAUGCCACCACUUUCAGCAAGCUGCACCACCUCGAGUACCUGGACCUGUCCCACAACCAGCUGGCCUCGGUGCCUACCGCUCUGCCCCGCUCCCUGGCUGUGCUGCACCUGGGCCGCAACUGCAUCCGGUGGGUGGAGGCGGCCCGGCUGCGGGGGGCACGGGGCCUGCGCUACCUGCUGCUGCAGCACAACCAGCUGGGAGCUACGGGGCUGCCCCCUGGGGCGCUGCGGCCGCUUCGGGGCCUGCACACGCUGCACCUCUAUGGCAACAGGCUGGAGCGCGUGCCCCUGGCGCUGCCCCGCCGCCUGCGGGCCCUGGUGCUGCCUCACAACCACGUGACCGCGCUGGGGGCCCGCGACCUGGCCGGCAUGCCGGGCCUGGCCGAGCUCAACCUGGCCUACAACCGCCUGGUCAGCGCCCACGUGCACCUCCGGGCCUUCCGCCCACUGCGCGCCCUGCGCAGCCUUGACCUGGCUGGCAACCAGCUGACCCGGGUGCCCGGCGGCCUGCCCGGCGGCCUGCACACCCUGCGGCUCCAGCGCAACCAGCUGCGGGCCCUGGAGCCCGAGCUGCUGGCCGGCCUGAACGAGCUGCGGGAGCUCAGCCUGGCGCACAAUCACCUCCGGAUCGGAGACAUCGGGCCUGGCACCUGGCACGAGCUACGGGCCCUCCAGGUGUUGGACCUCAGUCACAACGAGCUGUCCUUCGUGCCCCCUGACCUGCCCGAGGCGCUGGAGGAGCUGCACCUGCAGGGCAACCGCAUUGGGCACGUGGGCUCCGAGGCCUUCCUCAGCACGCCCCGCCUGCGUGCCCUCUUCCUCAGGGCGAACAGGCUUCACAUGACCAGCAUUGCACCUGAGGCCUUCCUGGGCCUCCUGCACCUGAGUGUGGUGGACACGGCGGGGAACCCCGAGCAGGUCCUGGUCCAGCUGCCACCCACGGCUCCACAUCAGCCACGGGCGGGGGGCCCCUGAGCCCAGAGGGGCCCGGCACUACAGCCCAGACCUCUGGGCUCCACUGGGCCACAGACUGAGGAGACUGUCCACGGGGACCUCAACCAGGCUCUCUCGGGCCUUGAGGGCCGCCCAACCUGUGCCGGCCAAGAGGCUGGGACAAGGGCACCCCUUCCACACACGGGGCGCCCUGGGAGAGGCUGAAGAGUGCAGCUCGCACACCGGGCACACAGACGCCAACCCUGCCGGACACAUACCCUACUCUCCAUGCUGGUGGAGACAGCAACAAUAAAUCCUAACAAUAAAGCUCACCACUCCCCAGCUGCCCUUCACCUUGCAGGACAGGCUCUCCCCAACCCCGGCAGCCAGCUGAGGAAGGGGAGGCCAUGGGAGGCUGAGAGGGUCAGGCAACUUG